AUGUCACCAGCCCAUGGAAGAAAUAUUGUCACUACUCAUCAUCGUAAAUUCUCUAUCGCUUCCUACGCAUCCUCAAAGCAUGUGCUCCAAUUGUGGAAUACAUGCCUUUCGAGGACAUCGAAAAGCCCGAGCGUUAUCGCCCGGGAAGAUAUCACCCCUUACUUAUCUAUCGGUGACCGUCUAAACGGCCGAUAUGACGUGGUUCAUAAGCUUGGCUUUCGCACGUACUCAACAACCUGGUUAGCAGGAGAUACCAAUCUGGAGAAAUACGUCGCCAUCAAAAUUGUUAUUGCCGAGGCAGAUUCGCCGGAGCGUAACAUCCUCGAUACCCUAGCACCAGCACUCUCGGAACCAAACGACGAGGGACAGCUGAUCCCUCGAGUGUUGGAUACGUUCACCCUUGAUGGGCCGAAUGGAAACCACACAUGUCUAGUGACAGAGCCGGGAAUGAUGUCUCUGGCAGAGGCGAAAGAUGCUUCGUAUACCAGGCUUUUCACAAUUCCUGUGGCCCGGGCGAUUGCGGCCCAACUCAUACAAGCGGUCGCUUUUCUACAUCGUCAAGGGGUUGUUCACGCUGGUAUGUAUACCCAUCAUGGGGAUCUUAAUCUCGCCGGCUUCAGAAGUGUGCCCUCUAUUAACGAUUAUGAUUCAUAG